CAUACAUAGUAGUAUCUCUGGUAGAUGUCAUUGCAGCACAAAACACAAUCGAUUGUUUCUCAAUGCUCAGUGGGAGCAGUUGACACAUGUAAUAUACCAUGCCUUUCUGCAAAUUUGAUGGUUGUUUUGCCAACUAUGACAAGUUAUGGAGGCUACAAGAACAUGAAUUGAAACAUACUGGAGAGCGACCAUUUGUUUGUACUUUUGAAGGAUGUGGAAAGUCAUAUCGUAGAAGUUCGCAUCUCAACAGACAUGCAAAGUCGCACUCAGACCAGAAAGAUUAUGUGUGUGUACAGGAUGGGUGUCAGCAUCGGUUUGUCAGUGCUGAUAAUCUCAAGAAACACUUGAAACGUUUUCAUCAACAAUGUCACAAAUGUGAAUUUGAUGGCUGCGGUGCAACAUUCAAAAAGCGUCAGCAGCUCACGGUUCAUGAGGUCAUUCACACCGGUAUCAAUCGAUAUCAUUGUGAGGUUGAAGGGUGUGGUAUGCAGUUUCCUUUACCAAGCAAAUUGAAGAGACACAUGCAAAAACAUGAGAUGAGGAAUUGUCCAAAAGAUGGUUGUAGUGAAACAUUCAAGUCAUGGUCUUUGCUGAGGAAACAUCUAAGUACUGAUCAUUUAGAUGAAUUCAAGUGUGAAUCAUGCGGAAAAACAUUUGGCAAGAAUUACAAACUCCGCCUACAUGAAAGAAUCCACAAGGAGAAGGUUGACGUAUUCCUUUGUCCAAGAGAUGGCUGCGGAAGAACUUAUACAAGGGUGUCUUAUUUACAAAUGCAUAUCGACAACUACCAUGAGGGCGCUAGACCAUUUGUCUGUACCCACGAUGAAUGCACCAAAACAUUUGCACAUAAAGUUUCAUUAGAGAAACACCAAGUUGUUCACAUGCCUGGAUAUGUUAAACCACAACCAAAGCCAAGAAAAAAGCGGUCGACUGCAUCAAAGAUAAGCGGUGUAGUGGUUUAUACCAAGCUCGAAGUUGAAAACCGUACAUGCCAGAUGUCGGAUGUUGAAGAUGAUAACAUGACGCACGUUAAAAAUCUUCAAGCAGAACUUGGUAGUCUUUGUACAAAUGAUACAAAGAUAGAUGCUGAUCAGAAUGCAAGUUUAGCCUUUGAUAAAUGUCAACGCAGCGAAAGGGAAAAAUCAACCUUGCCUCCCUCAGAGGACAAAAUAGAAUCUAUGCGUCAAAGUAACCAUCUGGAAUCAUUGACAUCUGAGAGUGGAAACAAGAGCGAGCAGAUAUAUAGUGAAGUACACAAGUACAAGAAUUUAGUGCAUGAAAAAAUGUCAAAUUCUGUGGCAAUUAGCAUUUUAGAGAGUAUAGAAUGCCAGUAAUUAUGGCAUGAAAUCAUACAAUUAAAGAAAUAAUUGAUUAUUGAUAAUUUAAUUACAAUAUAAAGGUGCAGAAAUAUAUAUCCAUUCUGUUAUAUUUUAUUAAGGAUUCAAAUUUCAGAUAUAUUUAUAAUGUUGUAUUUUUUAAGUUGGUUGAUUCAACAGACGGAAUACUGUAUUGCCAUUUAAGUGAAUUAUAUUUUAAGAAAUUAUAUUUUACAAAAGUGAAAGAAUUUCUUUUUAAAUCCAUAUGCCAAAAGUGAUAUUUUAAAUCCUUGCACUAGUAUUGUAAAUAUUUUCUCAGAUUGUGGGAUUAUUUGCCUCACAGUAUUGGGGGUAUAGACAAAAUUCAAAUUUACUUUAUAAAGCUUUUAAGGAAUUAUGUGUUGAAAUGAUAGAAUAUACAAGUACUUAUUUGAAGAAAUGUUCUGUUUAAUUCCAGCAUUUGGCUAUGUGGUAAAAUGCUCACAUUGUCAAUUAAUUUUUUGGGAAUUUGCUUCAAUGGAAAUUUAGAAAAAAUACUGUAG